AGCACAGCAUUCGAUACAUUACAUGAGUUAAGCGACAGUUCAUUACAAAAUAGGCUUUGUGUUAGACGAUUUUGCAUUAGACGAUUAGCCCAACUUGCGGGCUACUGGAAGCAUUCUGAGCAUGUUUAAGGUGGGCUAGGCCAAGCGAGGAUGUUCAGUAGGUUAGGCGUAUUAAAUGCAUUUUCAGUGUGUGGUGUUUUCAACUCCUGAUGGGUUUAUUGGGAUGUAACCCCAUUUAUAAGUUAAAGAAGCUCUGUAUUUUCUGGCUGUGCACACGCGGAUGACUCAUCCUUCUGGGAAUGAACUCACGGUCCAUGAGUUAGGCUUGGGUAUGGUGGGUGCGGAAGAAAAGGGCUCUUUGCCAGGUACUAGCACCUAGUGAGUCCUUGCCACAUGCCAGAUGCUGGAUUAAAAGAUUUAAAUGGGUUUAUCUUGUAUGAUCUUCACGGCAUUGGCCCUGCCGGGAAAGGUAGCCUCAUCCGUUUGCUCGUUUGAUGAGCACUGACGGAGCACCGAUGAUAUACCAGAAACUUCUCUCAAUACUGGGUUGUAGUAGCCGAUGAGGCAUAUAGUCUCUGCUCUCACGCAGCUUGGAAUCUACUGUGAUGUUUUUUCUACCAUUUUUCAGAGGAGGAAACUGGGGUCCAAGAGGUCAAGAAAGCUGCCUUCCUUACCCAGCUGGCCCUGGCAGAGCCAGAAAAGGAGCCGAGUCUGGCAUGGCUCUAGCCUUUGCCUUUGCCCUCUCUGUACUUCCAAAGUGUCCCAGGCCUUGGGAAGCUCGGUUCCUGCUGGGCACACAUUUUGCUCGUUGCAGCCAUUUCAGAAGCAAGCUUGAUUCAGGCUGUCCAUGGCUCAUUCUGAUUCACUAUGACUGUGCAGGGACCUGGACAGACUUCCUCCUGGUUAAUGAGUACCAGCGUCCUAACUGGGCCAGGGCUGGGCCUGGAAACUGGCAUCGCCCUGGAGCACAUUGGCAGAUGAGUGGGUGACAGAAACAGGGCCUCCCUUAGAUAUAUAUAGGCACUGGCACAAUAGAGGAGGCCCUGAGACUCGAGAUGAGCCCAGAGGAACUCAGGAGCCCCACUGUUCUUCUAGAAGCUGGAUUGCCACUGCCUCUGCUAUAUACUCUGACUUCCCACCCAGAUGCCAGGAUCUGACUCGGAACACUCUCCAAAAGCUGACCAACAGCUUUUCUUGGAACUGACCUACCUGUUCCUUUGUUAACAUAAGCAAGAGCUCUUCUGUGCAAGCCCCAUGGAGUCGUGCCCCAUCCUGCAGAAGGAGAGAGUGUUCCAGUCAGGAGCCCAUGCCUACAGGAUCCCCGCUCUGCUGUAUCUGCCUGAGCAGAAGACAGUGUUGGCCUUCGCGGAACAGCGGAUAAGCAAGAAGGAUGAGCACGCAGAGCUGAUCGUCCUGCGCAGAGGAAGCUAUGACGCAUCCACCCAUCAGGUCCAGUGGCACGCUCAGGAGGUGGUGGCCCAGGCCCAGCUGGAGGGCCACCGGUCCAUGAACCCAAGCCCCUUGUACGACGAGGAGACAGGAACCCUCUUCCUCUUCUUCAUCGCCAUCCCGGGGCAGGUGUCCGAGCACCACCAGCUCCACACCAGGGUCAACGUGACUCGGCUGUGCCAGGUCACCAGCCCCGACCACGGGAGGUCCUGGAGCCCCGCCCGAGACCUCACUGGCCCCGCCAUCGGCACAGCCCACAAGGAGUGGGCCACUUUUGCGGUGGGUCCGGGGCACUGCCUGCAGCUGCGCAACAAGACGCGGAGUCUGGUGGUGCCCGCCUACGCUUACCGGAACCUUCACCCCCACCGGCGGCCUUCGCCCUUUGCCUUCUGCUUCGUCAGCCAUGACCACGGGCACACGUGGCAGAGAGGGAACUUCGUGGCCCAGGACACCGUGGAGUGUCAGGUGGCCGAAGUCGGGGGUGCAGAGCAGAGGGUCGUGUAUCUGAACGCGAGGAGCCCCCUCAGAGCCAGGGUCCAGGCCGAGAGCACCAACGAGGGCCUCGACUUCAAGGAGGCCCAGCUAGUGGAGGAGCUCGUGGAGCCUCCGCACGGCUGCCAAGGGAGCAUCGUCAGCUUUCCCGGCCCCGGGGCGGGGACGGACGCCUCGGACAGAUGGCUGCUCUACACUCACCCCACCGACCCACGGCAGAGAGCCCACCUGGGCGCGUACCUCAGCAAGCCGCGCCCGGGCCCCGCGGCCUGGUCGGAGCCCGCCCUGCUGGCCACGGGCAGCUGCGCUUACUCAGACCUCCAGAGCAUGGGCACCGGCCCUGACGGGUCACCGCAGUUCGGGUGUCUGUACGAAUCGGACGAUUACGAGGCGGUCAUCUUCGUCACGUUCACCCUGAAACAAGCCUUCCCAGCUGAGUUUUUGUCUUUGGGAGCCAGCUGUGUGCCAUCCAGGAAGGACUCCCGCCGGCCUGGGGCCCCCCUUCCUCCUGAACACCCCGAGUGAGAGGCCCGUGGGUUUCCCUCUGGGCUCUGGGGGCCAGCUCUCGGCUCCCCUCACGGAGAGUGUGUGGAGACGUCUGCCUCUUGGCUCUCUUCCUGCUUGGAUGUUUCCGUCCUUCCGAGGGAUUCGGUUUUCAAUCAGAAGUUGAAGGAACCUGGCUUCCCACGGCCCCUCGACAGGGAAGAUGGGGAGACGUCGCUCUGCAUGGCUCAGCCUGCCUGUUGCCCCCCCAGCCCCCGCUUCUGUGCGGGUCCUGAUAAAUGGUCGAGUCCAGCCCAUUUCUUCUUGGUAAACGCUCAUCAUGUUCCUGGGAGGAGACGGAGACAAAGAUGCAAAUUAGCAGAGGGGUGUGUGUGCAUGUGAGUGUGCAUGUGCGUGUGUGUGUGUGUGUGUGUGUGUGUGUGUGUUUGAUGAUGCUUUAGAGCAGACAGCAUGGGAGACAGCUUUGCAGGGAGGUAAGGGGGGCUAGGAAAAUUAAGUUAACUCCUCAAGCUGCCGUAGCAAAUCAGUACAAACUUGGUGGCUUAAAACAACAGAAAUUCAUUCUCUGACCGUUCUGGAGGCCGAAGUCCAAAAUCAAGGUGUCAGCAGGACCUGGGGAGAACCCUUCCUUGCCCCUUCCGGCAUCUGGUGACCCCAGGCAGCCCUCGGCUUACGGCUACCUCCCUUUAAUGCCUCUGUCUUUGAAUGGCUUUCUCCCCUUCCCCUGUGUUUUUCUCUUCAUACCUGGGUAACCCAGGAUGAUCCUUCACUCAAUUAUAUUUGCCUAGACUCUUUUCCAAAGGAUGCCACUUUCACCGGUUCUGAGGGUUAGGACGUGGAUCUAUCUUUUGGAGCCACCACUCAACCUGCUACAGUCAUCCAUCCUAAGUUAUUUUUGUACAGGUGAUGCGGCUAAAGGUAGGAAUGAAAUUCAGAUGAAUCAGAUAAUUCAGAAGAGGGAAGUGGGCAAGAGGGGCUGGGCUGUUGGAUGUGCGUCUGUGGCACAAAGCUGCUCCGGGGCGUUCAGCCUUUGCCAUGACAGGUAUGCCACCAUGUGGAAAGAGAGGGGGGCAGGGGUGUGCUUGUGUAGAUCUUGCUGUGUAGAAAGAGCAGGGAGAAGGCCGCUUCUGGUUGUCAUGAGGGUGAUAACCUGAGAGGGGGCCCGACCCGGGUGGAGGGGGCUGAUGCUUCUUGUCAUAUGUCCCAAGUCCAUUCGCCCCCUCCCCCCAUCAGAGCCCCUCCUACUGAUUGGAUCAGUCUAAUAGUUUGAUGGAAGGGAUCGAUGACAACAGUCAUGGAUUCUUGCAACGGAGCCGAGUCUCCGUGUGGCCAGGCAGUGGUUAAAUGGAAUUUUCACAGGGUAGGGAGCUGGAGGUGUGGCUUUUGUUCUGGGUGUUUCCCAGCCCUGGCCUCCUAUCUGGGUGCUAUUUCUCUGUGUGGGGUUUUGUGAAAUCCAGCUGGAAGGAUAAGGAGUUAGGGCCUGCUCGUUGCUGGGGCGGAAAGUAGAGCUCCUCUGCGUUGGGGAUGUCACCUGCUGUCUUCCAAACCCUGCAAAGUUAGCUAUGCAGAGGCCAGAGGCCUGGUCAGGAGAACGAGGACAGGGCCACACAGGCCAGGAGCAGUGCACUAAGAGGUUAAGAGGUAGGGUGGUGCCACAGUGUGUUAUUCAAAUCAGGACACUUUUGAGAGUGAAAGGAGAAUGUUAUUAAUAAUUACACCAAGACAGUGGGCAUCAGCCAGAACCGUCCCAGAUAAACUGAGAGCUUUAAGAGAGAAAGACCCACCGAGGAUUGUAUCAGGAGCUGGCCUCUGCUAACUCCUCUAGAAAAGUCAAUCAUCUGCUAAGGGUCUUGAGAUGAGUCAGGAAUACGAUAAGACAUCCGGACACUGCGAAGCUCAGAAAAUUAUUCCCUUAGACUCUCUCCGUUCACAAGUCAGUGGGUCUCCAUUACAACUGCUUUUUAGAAUUCCCUGGGGAGCUUAUAAACCGUGAUGAUGCCUGGGCUCCAGCCCUGACCAACUGAUACAGAAUCUCUGGUGGUGGCGUCCAGGGAUGAGUGUUUUUUUCAAAAGCUCCUCAAGUUAUUCUAGUGAACAUAAAGAUCAAGAAAUGCUAGCACAGAUGAUCUCUAAAGUUCCUUCUACUUCUAAAUGUAUGCAAAUAUCAAAGUCUUCUGAUUUGAGUGAAAAAAAGCAAUAGUUGAUUUGGUUAAAGUCGGACUUAUCCACUCAUUGAAAAACACCACUAAGAGGGUGAAAAGAAAAGCCAUAGAUGGGGAGAAGAUAUUUAUAACACACAUGUCUGGCAAAGGACUUGUAUCCAGAAUCUAUAAAGAGUCCCUACAAACCAAUAAGAAAAAGACAAUCCAACAAAAAUGGGCAAAGGACUUGAACAGGCACUUCACAAAAGAGGAUAUCACAAAGGCUGCUAAACACGUUUGUCAGAGAAAUGCAAAUUAAAACUAUGAGAUACCCACCAGAAUGACUACAGUGAGAAAGAUUGACAACAGCAGGUAUUGGCAAGGACGUGAAACAACCGGAAUUCUCAUGCAUUUCUGGAGGAAGCGUACCUGGUAUGACCACUUUGGAAAGCUGUUCAGUAGUAUCUACUAAAACUGAACAUGCAAAUACUCUAUGACCCAGCACUUCCUCUCUGCAGUACGUAUCUAAAAGACAUGAAUGCAUAUAGCUGCCAAGGACACGUAUUAAGAAUGUUUCUGGCAGCUUUGUUUGUAAGAGUCCCAAAGGGGAAACAAUCCAAAUGUCAGUUGAUAUCAGAAUGGAUAACCGAAUUGGGCGAUAUUCGCGCAAAGGAAUAUUUCACGAUAAUAGAAGAAUGAAGUACUGCUACACACGAGAGCGUAGGUGGUUUUCCAGACAUUAUACAUUUGCACAAAUGAAGCCAGAUCCAAAAGACUACAUACUUGAUGACUCUAUUUAUAUGAAGUUCAGGAACACGCAAAACAAAUCCGUGGUGUAUAAAUCAGGAAGGUAGCUAUUUCUGGAGGAGGAUAGCUGUUCAUGGGGAGCUAGGAGGAGUCUUCUGGGUGCUGGAAACAUUCUACUAUUUGAUCUGGUGCAGCUUAGGAGGGCUAAUUCUCAUGUGAGAAUUCGAUGAGCUGUACACACAAGAUUUGUGUACCUUAAAAGUUCAACUGAAUAGUGGAUUUGCUAGUUAAACCUCCAAAUCAGUAUAUUAUAUUGGGUUGUAAUAAAACUUUGGAAAUGAAUUUUUUUAAUUAAAAAAAUUUUUGUAAUGUCUAUUUUUUAGAGAGAGAG